CGUCCCAAGCAAUCACACCAGCCAAGCUAAUCAUCACCCGAGGGAACACUCCGUGAAUGAGUACAAAAUCAGAAAAAAAGUGAGCAUAGAAAUAAACCAGAAAAUUUACAGCGACUCUGAGAAGACACAUUUUGAUGACAAAUCCUUUUUCAAAAACAAUUUUGGAAUUUGCGAAAAUAAUCACAAUCAGAAUGUGAGAAAAAAAAAAGUGAAAAAUGAUGACCAAAAGGCGAAAAAAAUGUUAAACAAAAAAAACAAAACGAAGCUUUUUGUAAAUCUGCUAUUUGUCGUGUAUUAUAUAUUCUUCCUUUUCCAUUACAUCAUCGAAAUUCAAGUAAAUCAAAUAUACAACAUCGUUAUUAACACCUUUACAAUAAUAAUCAUCACCGUACUUUUAAGUUAUAUUUACUUUCUGCGCACACGCAAUAAAACUUUAAAAAAAAUUAUUUUUUACAUAACUACGUACAUAAAUUUGCUGUACUGUUUGUACAUUUACAACACCUUCACUUAUUGGUUAAAUAUUUAUCUCAACUUUACGAUGAGUAAGAGGAUUUAUUUAAAAUACAAAACAUUAUUUAAGAAUGUCUCCUUUGUAUUUUCUUACUUCAGUUUUGAUGAAGUUUUUUUUUUUCUUUUAAUUUUUUACGGCCUCUUUUUCGUCACCACUUCCAUUUUAACCUUUACUCUGUUUUAUUAUAUAUACAACUUUAUAAAUUAUUCCUUUUG